GAAUCGCUGCGAACGGAACGCCUCGACGCCGAACAGCCACGGAUCCGGACACCGACGGCACCGCGAAACGUCCCUGAAAAAGGACCGUUUCGUCGACGUUGAUCGAACGCUUCCCGUAACUUUGCUAUUCCUGCGACACGCUCCAACCUUUGGAUCGAGAAAGUUCACCUCGAUCACUCUCGGGUCCUGCGGGACGUCGAAGCAACGCAUUCCGUUUGCACAAAGGCGUGCUCGAUCGAAGGGACAAUCGAUUCCCAGCGACGCGACCAGACAACGAACGAUGCAUUGCUCGACGAUUAGAGAGCGUGAAUAGUCCUCGCGGUCGAGGAGAGGCGACUCCCGGAACAAUGCAGCGGAGCACAACGACGCACAGCGAGAAAAUGCGAGAAAGAAUGAUCGAUGGAACGUCUCGCGCGUUGAGAAAAUUACUUUAACGAGUCCCGCCUAAUGCAUCGCGAACGACUUUGCGGUCGUCAGUGCGGCGAGAGGCGUAAAAGCGUCCACGACCACCCUUUCUUCUCCUCUUACUCUUUCUCACGGUCUCUCUCUCUCGCUAUCCGAUCUCAAACCAGUCGAAACUAACGGCGUACGAGCGCCAAAGAAACACUGCCGUCCGUUAAUUGCAUUCGUUAGCACUCGUGUUCCCGAAAGUAGGACAGAAAGGAGAAAAAGUGCAACAAAGUUUUGUUUUUUUUUUUAACGUGACCAAGUGAUACCGGCGAACGAACGAAACGAAACAGUGUAAUCGUGAGAUUUGUGUUUCGCGGCGCGAGUGAAAAAUCGAGAAACUUUGGAGGUUCGUGGGAGAAAUAGGGCCGCGUGAAAUGCCAGGUCGUCCGUGAAACUGGAAACCGUAGGAGGCUGUUCGACGCAAAGACUAGACGAAACUACGUGCGAUGCGUGCGAGAUAGUAUAUGUCAAUAUGUGAAAGAACCACGCCGAGGAAAAAGCGAUGUCUACUUCUCUUCCCGUGCUUGUCUGUUUUAUCGUUUCUUUUGGUGGUAUAGCGUCAUGUCUACGAAAUUUUCGAACCGACUUUCUGGAGGAAUGGCCGACUCCUGGAACAGGACCCCAUUUCGACACCACCAUGCAGUCAAACUUCACCGGUCUGGUGGGGAAAACUGUGCAUCUGGUAUGCAAAGUGAAAAACCUGGGAAAUCGAACGGUAUCCUGGGUGAGGCAUCGAGACAUACACCUAUUAACGGUCGGUCGUUACACGUACACGAGCGACCAGCGUUUCGAAGCUCUGCACUAUCCGCACACCGAAGAAUGGACGCUGAGGAUACGAUAUCCCCAGCGCAAGGAUUCUGGGAUUUAUGAGUGCCAAAUAUCAACGACACCACCUAUAGGUCAUCCUGUUUAUCUAACGAUAGUUGAGCCGAUUACCAUUAUAAUCGGUGCGCCCGAUCUGUUUGUCAACAAGGGCAGCACCAUUAACCUGACUUGCGUUGUUAAAUACGCUCCAGAACCGCCGCCCAUGAUGAACUGGAGCCACAACACACAGGUAAUUAAUUUCGAUUCGCCGCGAGGCGGUAUCAGCCUGGUGACCGAGAAAGGCCCCGAAACGACCAGCCGUUUAAUGAUCCAGAAAGCGGUACCGAGCGACUCCGGGAUCUAUACCUGCCAGCCGAGCAACGCGAACCCCAGCAGCAUCAAGGUGCACGUUGUCAACGAAGAGCACCCGGCCGCGAUGCACCACGGAGAAGGAAGUUCGUCGUACGCCCGAACACGGCCAAUGUGUUUUAUAAUUUUAUUAAUAGUUAUCGUAAUAUUUAUAUAA